UCCCAGGACAAUGACUCAGUAGCUUGAAAUCGGUCGACUUCGGUUGCUGCCUGGGCGACAGCGUGAUUUGGUCUCCUCCACAGGGCAGCGCAGUCUCACUGUGCAGCGGCUCCUCGCCUCUCGACAGGCGCAGUGUACCUUUAAAAGGUUGAACUCGCCGGUCUACGGUCUGAAAGCACCGGAUUGCUUCCCUGCUCGGCUCAGCUGUGUAUACCUUCCAGCAGUGACAUGGCAUAGAGUCUCUGUGCUGACAGCAGCAGCAGCAGCAGCAGCAGCAGCAGCAGCAUCCCGCACCCUGCGCCAUGGACGCUCUCAGACAGCCGAGGCGGAGAGGAGCCUGCGCGGCGCUGGACACGAUGAUGUCCGUGUGGAUUUUACUGAGCGCGGUGUCAGGGCUGAAGGCGGAGGACGACGGAAUGGAAGAACUUGCCACCGAGAAGGAGGCUGAGGAAAGUCACCGACAGGACAGCGUUAAUUUGCUGACAUUCAUUUUACUGCUGACCUUAACCAUCCUCACCAUCUGGCUCUUCAAGCACAGACGGGUCCGUUUCCUUCACGAAACCGGGCUGGCAAUGAUUUACGGUUUGCUGGUGGGUGUGAUCCUGCGAUACGGCAUCCCUGCCACCAGCUACCACAACAAGACCCCCCCGAGCUGCUCGCUGAAGGAAGGACCUGCUAGCACCCUGCUGCUUAAUGUCAGCGGCAAGUUCUUUGAGUACACCCUCAAAGGGGAGAUCAACUCCCGAGAGAUUCACAACGUGGAGCAGAAUGAUAUGCUGCGCAAGGUGACCUUUGACCCUGAAGUAUUUUUCAACAUAUUGCUGCCUCCUAUCAUCUUCCACGCCGGCUACAGUCUGAAGAAGAGACACUUCUUCAGGAACCUGGGCUCCAUCAUAACAUAUGCCUUCCUGGGCACUGCUAUCUCAUGUUUCGUUAUUGGGAAUCUGAUGUACGGUGUGGUCAAACUGAUGCAAGUGGUCGGACAGCUGACUGACAAGUUCUACUACACUGACUGCCUUUUCUUUGGUGCCAUCAUCUCUGCCACAGACCCAGUGACGGUGUUGGCCAUCUUCAAUGAGCUCCAUGCAGACGGGGAUCUCUACGCUCUGCUGUUUGGAGAAAGCGUUAUGAAUGACGCAGUUGCCAUUGUGCUUUCCUCGUCUAUUGUGGCUUACCAGCCCAGUGGAGCAAACACGCACAUGUUCGAUGCUUCAGCCUUUUUCAAGUCAGUGGGGGUUUUUCUGGGUAUUUUCAGUGGUUCCUUUGUAAUGGGCGCAGCCACAGGAGUCGUCACUGCUCUCGUCACCAAGUUCACCAAGCUGCACUGCUUCCCGCUGCUGGAGACGGCCCUCUUCUUCCUCAUGUCCUGGAGCACCUUUCUGCUGGCCGAGGCCUGCGGGUUCACAGGCGUGGUGGCCGUGCUGUUCUGUGGUAUCACGCAGGCUCACUACACCUACAACAACCUCUCUGAAGAGUCCACAAAGCGCACCAAGCAGCUCUUUGAGGUCCUUCACUUCCUCGCUGAGAAUUUCAUCUUCUCCUACAUGGGCUUGGCUCUGUUCACCUUCCAGAAUCACAUUUUCAGCCCCAUUUUCAUCAUUGGAGCUUUUAUUGCCAUAUUCAUCGGAAGAGCUUUCAACAUUUACCCACUCUCCUUCCUCCUCAACCUCGGUCGAAGGCACAAGAUCAAGGGAAACUUCCAGCACAUGAUGAUGUUUGCAGGUUUACGAGGCGCCAUGGCGUUCGCCUUGGCCAUCCGGGAUACGGCCACCUACGCCCGGCAGAUGAUGUUCACCACCACGUUGCUCAUCGUCUUCUUCACUGUCUGGGUGUUUGGUGGUGGGACCACGCCGAUGCUCUCCUGGCUACACAUCAGGGUUGGUGUGGAUCCAGAUCAGGACCUGCAGCCCUGUGGAGACAGCUUCCAGGUCUUACAGGGGGAUGGCCCUCAGGCUGAAGGACAGAGUAAAACCAAACAGGAGAGCGCGUGGCUCUUCAGACUGUGGUACACCUUUGAUCACAAUUACCUGAAGCCCAUUCUGACACAUAGCGGUCCGCCUCUCACCUCCACUCUGCCCAGCUACUGUGGGCCGCUGGCGAGCUGUCUGACCAGCCCCCAGGCGUACGAGAACCACGAGCAGCUGAGGGACCACGACUCUGACUUCAUCCGUAACGACAGCGACCUGACCUACACGUUCGGUGACACUGCCAUCACAGCCAACGGUGCGUCCGGCGGCGGGGGGGAUGGUGCCGGGGGCUCAGGCUGGAGCGCCAAUGGAAAAAGGAGCGGCAGCACCUCAGAGGAGGCGCUGGAGCGUGAGCUGGACUCCCGUGAGCAGGAGCUGCUGAGCCGUGGCACGCGCCUGGUUUUCCCCAUUGAGGAUCAUGUCUGACCCUCCCUUCCUCCCCCUCCUGCGCCUCUUCCUCCCUGACCUGACCCCCAGACCGCAUCGCCCCCAGCUCUCUCCACAUCCUGCGGGCAGAGCGUCCAGUCCUCCAGAGAUAAGACAAAGUGGAGAUACGGGAGUAGACAAGAGGGGAGGGCUCAGAGUGACUGAGCCCCCUCCAGGCCUGGGAGCAGAGCUCAAGGAUCAUUUCAUCCUCAUUACAGGGAGUUUAUUCUCCAGGAGACGUGUGUCCUCAAGAGCGUCAGAAGAGAAAUUCUCAGUGCUGUUAUACUGUGAUUCAGUUUCCUGAACAGGAGGGAAACCAUUAUGCAGGAUGUGGGGAUGAAAUAUCCUCAAUCAAGAUUGAAUCUGCACUUUUAAACAUGUGACAUUUUGUGUGUUCAGUGGAAAAGAGGUAGAAAAGUGAACGAUCGCCCGGCAGCGCUCUCCUCUCAUAUGAUCUCACAGGUUUCUCAUCACAGCACAUCAGAAAAUGCUAAGUGGCUUCCUGUAGCCACAACCCCAUUUAGAUGCUGCAAAGAGGCUCCGCAAACCAAAAGUUCAUAACGAGUUCUCCGGUAAAUGCGUUCCACUGAUCCCAUGUAAUGUUUGGUGUGUGUGUGUGUGUGUGUGUGUGUGAAGAUUACCUUUGUUUCACACAGAAGCGUCUGUGUGGAGGACGUGACAUGUGAACAGACUGGAGACUGCGUUGCCUUCUCAGCCACCGCAGCCCGUCAUGGGUGAAGUAACAGGAAUGGAGAAUGCGAGCGUGUAAAUAGUCACAAUGAUGAGCUUUGUUCCUUUUUGGAGGCACUGCUCCUUUCAGUGGAUGACCUCCCAUGACUGUUACAGACAGCAUCUGUGUGUCUUGUCUUUGAGUUGGCCUGGAUCUAUUUCUUUGUUUUAAAGUAGUCGACUGGUUGUCGCAACAAUGACAUGAACAAGGAAUGGGAGUGUUUCAACGCUAAUUACAUUGUGUCUUAUGAAACAAUGCUGAUUUCCCAGAACUUAAAAAAUAAACUGACAUGAGAUAUAUGCUCUAAUACAGUUGGAGAGCAAUUUCAACAAGAUAAAAUAAAGGACAGGUUUUCAUCAUAAUUUUGAAUCCUUUAAAAAAAAAAGAAAAGAAAAAAAAGAUUUUGUGUACUGAUUUUUAAAACAUUAAAAAGACCAGAUGCAUCCAGUAAAGUAGGGCUGCAAAUUAUUUUCAUUGACAAUUAAUCUGAUGAUGAUUUUUGUGAUUAGUCAAGUUUAUAAAAAUCAAAAAAUAGUGAAUAAUGUCUAUGACAGAGAUUAAAGUGGCAUCUUUUCUUACCUGCAGUCCAAACCCCCAAAAAUAUUCAGUUGACCAUCAUAUGUGAAAAAAACCAGCAGCGAAGUCUCACACUGGAGAAGCUGGAACCAGUGAAUGUUUUUACUUUUUUCUUCUUUUUUUUUAAAUCAUUAAUUUUAAUUAAUUUCAAUGAAUCGACUUGAAUCAUUUCAGCUUUGCACUUAAGCCAACUUCAGUAAGUGAUAUGAUGACAUCAUGCUCGCACAGGUCACACUGAGUCGAUGCAGGAGCCGCGCCGACAGCAAACCGGUUCUUCAAACUCUGAACAAGGUUUCACCUGUCAACUUUAUACUCAAUAAGUGUUCAGAUGCCAAACACCGACAACCACAGAUUAGCAGAAGAUGUGCUUGCAAAAUAAUUUCACCCUUUACCUUCAUCAGCAGUAUGUAUACUCAUAAACAAUGGUGUCUGUGGGCUGUUUCCGCCAUAAAUAUAUUAACCUCAAAUGUUGUUGAAAAUGUGAGCACGUAAACAGAACGAUGAGGUGAGAUAGUCUCAUAAAUCACUGAAGUCAAGUGUAAUUUAUGUUUUUGUAAACCUCAUGUCUCACUUGUUGUUCCUGGGUUUACAGUUAAAUAUAUUAACAUACAUAAAUUCCUAAUUUGUGUUGUCCUAUUAUUGUUUCAAGGUUUGGUUUUUCUUUUCUUUUCCACAUUUGUCAGGAUACAUCUUUAUUUUGUUAUAAGAUCACGUCGGUAGACAGAUGCAAUACGUAAACUUGAAUGUAUUUUGGAAAUACGCUUCAUAAGCUUUAAAUUUCCUUCAAACAAGAUUGUUUUCUGGUGGAUAGAUGAGAAACUUGAUGCCACUUUACUAUCUGUCCAUUAAACAUGAGGAUACAACCAGUACCUGGUUAGCUUAGCUUAGCUUAGCACAAAGACUGAAAAGAUAUUCAAACUGAGCCAGGCUAGCUGUUUCUCCUUGUUUCUAGUCUUUAUGCUAAGCUAAGCUAAGCUAAGCAGCUGCUGUCUCUAGUUUCAUAUUCGCUGCAGACAUGAGAGUGCUGUCAGUCUUCUCAUCUAGCUGCCACAAAGUCAAUGAGCGUGUUUCCCAAAAUGUGAAAGGAUUUCUUUAAACUGGUGCAGCUCUAUCGCUGCACAUACACACUGGUGAUAUAGAAACUUCCCCUAAGAUUUAAUUACACUUCACCUGAACAUCCAUUUUCUUAAACUGUAGUCCACUAAAAUCACGAACCUCCUGGAGUUAUUGUUGUGAUAUCAAACAUUUAGAUAGACCCUGGUGUUUACAUCAAAUAUAGGAUACAGUGUGACAUCAUUCUACCUGUAACCACCUCCACUCAAUGGUUUUAAAUUGGAAAAGUGGUGUAACGCUGCAGCAUGCAAGUCCCUGAUAACAUGCAGUGGCUUUGGGUUUCCGGAUUUCAUUUGCUGCAGCAGACCACUGAACCGUGUUUGACCUACAGGUUGAUUUGCAUCAACUGCACAUGAUCAAUAGAUUUGUUUAACUAUUUAUACUACAUCGGUUACUCUUCGUUGACCCUCUGACCACAUUUCCUCUGUGUGCAGUUGACAUUUUGCAGGUCAGAGCGGGACCCAGCACCUUUUUUUUUUUUUUAGGCAGGUGGAGCGGCUGGUUGAACCCGCCACCCUCCAUGGGAGUAGGAGGAAGGUUUUUUCCACUCUGUCGCAUUUUGGUGUUCCCCCUUUUACCAAGUCUAGACAUUUGAUCUGCUCCCUGUUUUAAAUUCACCGCACAGCACGUGUCGCCUUUUGUUUUUCUCGUCCGACUGCACACGGCGGCGGCUGCUGCAUAUAUGUAUGAGUACACAGGGGCAGGUGUGAAAAGCGCGAUUGUGCAAGUUGGAAGCCCCACAUAAGUUUCACAGCUCACCGGGGACCUCCAGGAGGAAGUGAAUCUAGUUACGCAAGCCGUUGCCGAGCUUUAUGUGCACUGUGGGUCAUUUUAAACUUAGCUGGAGAGAGAAGUAAUGUGAAGCUGCGCUCAGCUCGUCUCUAUUAAAGGCACUAAAAUAAUCACUUGUUUGCCACCUUGUCACAACAAACCGCUGGUGUUAGACUUGGACUCAUCCCAUCUCCUCUGUGGUCUAUGGGCGGGUCACACAGCCUCCUCUGUGUACAGCAUAAACCUGCAGCAGAUGUUAUAGUGUCUCUGAAAGUAAAAGACAGACAAAACUGAUUUAUUUCCUGCUGUGUUGACUCGCAUAAGAAAAAAAAAAAAAAAAAGGGAC